GUGCAGCUCAGCCCAGUGCAGCUCGGCCAUGCCACGGUGCAGCGUGAAGGAGGCGAGGCGCUGUGGGGAGCAGUUCGUGCAGUUCCUGCGGGACACAGGCCGGGAGGAGGAGAGCCAGCGCGACAUGCUGCGGAGCAUCUACACCCAGGAGUUCCGGGCCAGGACUGACACAAAAAUGCCCAAUUUCUCCUGCAUCUUGUAUGCCCUGAGGGUGACCCACCGUGCACAGGUGCACAGGGUGACCGUGCACUUCAAGAAGGAGAAGAGGAGAGUGGUGGUGGCGGACCAGUACCGAAGAGCCCGGGCAGACGCGGAGCCGUCGGCAUCGGCAGCCGGCCAGCAGCCCGGCUCCAGCCCGCGCGCCCCCGGAGGCCGCGCCAAGGAGAGGGCCGAGUUCAUCCGCGGGAAGCACGGCGUGGAGAUCGUCUCGGAGCACGACCGGGGCGACGGGCACGUCCGCUUGCACGUGCCCCUGGGCGAGGCGCGCGCGGCGGCGCUGCGGGUGCGCAACGGCGGCGGGGAGCCCGUGACGCUGCUGCGGUGCCGGCCGCUGCGGGGGCGGCGGGAGUUCUCCUUCUGGGACGAGCACGGCGUGACGCGGGGCCGGGCGCUGGAGCUGCCUCCGGGCGGCUCCUACGCCGUCCAGGUGCGGUGCCUGACCACCUGCAACGGCUGGUUCCUCCUCACCCUGGUGUUCGAGUUCGCCACGGGGCCGGGGGAGCCCUUCAGCAUCGGGCGCUUCCUCUCCGCCACCGCCGAGAGCCAGCUGGCCAAGGAGCUGGGGCCCUCGGCUCCCUACGAGCCCUACCAGCCCGCCCUGCGGCGCCCGGUCACGGUGGUCACCGAGGACGGGGUGCCCCCCGCCAGCGUCCUGGAGAACAGCCUGGAGAGGGAAAUCCCGCUGAGCCCCUGCCGGUACCCGAAGAGCCUCAAGGAGGCCAUCGUGCUCGGCCCCAGCGCCGGCGCUCGGCCCGCCUGGGCGGCGAUGCGGUCGUUGCUGGGGGCCCCCCUGCAGCCUGAGAACUACCGGGAGAAAUUCCAGCUGCUGCUGCACCUGGAGGAGAUCCAAAUGGAGGUGGACAUCCGGUGCUACGACUUGCAGGACGUGACCAUGGUGCAGGACAGGGCGCUGCUGGUCCUCAAUGUGCCCGGCGUGGCCGAGAACCGCCCAUCAGUGCUGCGGGGCGACCACCUCUUCGUCAGCCUCAGCAGUGAGCGGGACCACUCCCCACUUGUCCAGUACAAGGGCUACGUGCACGCCGUGGAGCAGGAGAAGGUCAGGCUGGGCUUCUCCUCCAAGCUGCUCAAGAAGUUUGUGAAUAACCUGAAGUUCGACGUGACCUUCACCUUCAGCCGGCUGCCGCUGCAGGUCCAGCACCGGGCCGUGGUCCUGGCCAUGCAGCGGGGUUUGGCCAGUGUCCUCUUCCCCUCCUGCUCCUGCCAGCAGUCCCUCUUCAACGGCACCUUCCAGCCCCGGUGGUUCGAUCAGAAGCUGCAGGACAAUGAGGAGCAGUGCCAAGCGGUGACGCACAUUGUGACGGGGAUGUCCCGGCCAGCCCCCUACCUCAUCUUUGGGCCACCCGGCACUGGCAAGACAGUCACCAUCGUGGAGGCCAUCAAACAGAUAUGGACGUACCUGAAGGACUCACGGAUCUUGGCCUGCGCCCCAUCCAACAGCGCUGCGGACCUGCUGUGCCAGCGCCUCAUCAAAGACAUUCCCACCCGGCACAUCUACAGGAUCAUGGCCAGCUCCCGGAGCUACCAGGAAGUGCCUGCAGACAUCCGGCCCUGCUGCAACUGGGACGACAACAGGCAGUGCUACGUGUACCCGAGCAGGGCACACCUGGCACAGUACCGGAUCCUGGUCACCACCCUGGUGCCAGCGGGCAGGCUGGCGUCGGCCAACUUCCCGCCGGGACACUUCACCCACGUCUUCAUCGACGAGUGUGGCCAUGCAGCCGAGCCGGAGAGUGUGGUGGCCAUGGCGGGCAUCCUCACCGCCAUGGAUCCAGACACCAACCCCGGCGGGGGGCAGCUGGUGCUGGCCGGAGACCCCCAGCAGCUUGGCCCUGUGCUACGGUCGCCGCUGGCCACUGAGCACGGCUUAGGCACCUCGCUGCUGGAGCGGCUGAUGCGGCACAAUCCCCUCUACGCCAAGGCGGACAGCGGGUAUGACCCGUGCUUCGUCACCAAGCUGCUGUGGAACUACAGGUCCCACACAGCCAUCCUCAAGGUGCCCAACGAGCUCUUCUACGAGAGCGAGCUGAAGGCCUGCGGCAGCCACCCACACGACACCCGGGACCUCUACUGCGCCUGGCAGGAGCUGCCCAAGAAGGGCUUCCCCAUCAUCUUCCACGGCGUCUCUGGGGAGGACAAGCGGGAAGCCAGGAGCCCCUCGUUCUUCAACACCUCUGAGAUUGAGGUCCUGCUCGGCUACCUUAAGAAGCUGCUGCAGAGCAGGGGCAAGGGCGGCUGCCCCACCAUCUCGCCCGCGGACAUCGGCGUCAUCUCACCCUACAGGAAGCAGGUGGAGAAGAUCCGGAAAGCUGUCACCUCCCUGGACCACGACUUGCGGAAGCUGCCAGACAUCGGCCUGCUGAAGGUGGGCUCCGUGGAGCAGUUCCAGGGCCAGGAGCGGCGCGUGGUCCUCAUCUCCACCGUGCGCAGCUGCAGCGAGUACCUCCGCCUCGACGAGACCUUCAAGCUGGGCUUCCUGAAGAACCCCAAGAGGUUCAACGUGGCCCUCACCAGGGCCAAGGCUCUGCUCAUUGUGGUGGGCAACCCCGCCGUCCUCAGCAAGGACCACCACUGGCGCAGGUUCCUCACCUACUGCAAGGAGGAGGGUGGCUACACGGGCUACCCCUACGACGAGGAGGAGGAGGACAAGGAGGACAAGGAGGAGGAGGAGGACAAGCAGGGGGGCCUGGCCGCCAGGCUCGGCUCCCUCCACUUGAGCAACUAGUGGCUACGUGGGCGAGGGCCGGGGCUCGCGCGGCGCGGUGCCGCCCGCCUGGGACGCAGGACGCCCGAGCUCGCCGGGGCGCUCAGCAGCCCGCGCGGGGCGUCCCCGCACCCCGCUCCGCCCCGGGCGUCCCUGCACCCUGCUCCACCCCAGGCGUCCCCACGUCCCCGCACCCCGCUCCGCCCCGGGCGUCCCCGCACCCUGCUCCACCCCGGGCGUCCCCGCGUCCCCGCACCCUGCUCCACCCCGGGCGUCCCCGCACCCUGCUCCACCCCGGGCGUCCCCGCGUCCCCGCACCCUGCUCCACCCCGGGCGUCCCCACGUCCCCGCACCCCGCUCCGCCCCGGGCGUCCCCGCACCCCGCUCCACCCCGGGCGUCCCCGCACCCUGCUCCACCCCGGGCGUCCCCGCGUCCCCGCACCCUGCUCCACCCCUGGCGUCCCCGCAUCCCUGCACCCCGCUCUGCCCUGGGCGUCCCCGCACCCCGCUCCACCCCGGGUGUCCCCGCGUCCCUGCACCCCGCUCUGCCCUGGGCGUCCCUGCACCCCGGGCAUCCCCGCAUCCCCACGCCCCGCUCUGCCCCAGGCGUCCCCGCAUCCCACUUUGCCCCGGCCAUCCCCGCGCCCUGCUCUGCCCCGGGCGUCCCCGCACCCUGCUCUGCCUCGGGCAUUCCCGUGUCCCGGUGCCCCGCUCUGCCCCGGGCAGCUCCAUGCUCCCGGCUGCCUGUGGGCCGCUGCCAGGCAGCAGUGCUCGACACGGACCCGUGCAUGGCGCAGGCACCUCCAACUUGGAAAUGGCAGCAGGCAUCUCGGCAGGCCAGAGCAGGAACUCCACUGCAGACACCCAGCUGGAGCCACGCUGUGCUGCACCGUGUUGUGCCGCACUGCACCAGGCUGUGCUGUGCCGUACCGUGCCAUGCUGCAUUGUGCUGCACUGCACCAUGCUGUACCGCACCGUGUCAUGCCGCACUGCACCGGGCCGUGCUGUCCCGUUCCACACCGUGCCAUGCCGCACUGCACUGCACCACGCCAUGCUGCACCGUGCCAUGCUGCCAGCAUGUGCCUCCUCCCCCUCCCUGCAAUAAAGCCUUACAGAUGACUGCUGCAUCGGUUCUUGCCAGCCCAGCCACGGUGCCCCAGUGGCAGGGAAGGGCUCAAAACCACCACCCAGGUGCUGCCCCACAGAGCCCAGUGAGGCUGAGCACCAGGCACUGAGGCCGCAUGGAGGUGGAAGGAGGCCACAGCAGCGGAGUUCCCAGCACCAACACACCUGUUUGCAUUUAUUCUCCCAGCUAUGGUUUGCAUUACUGGUGCCAAGUCCAUGGUCAGCUCAGCCACAAGGAGGAGCGAGGCGCACGGGCUGGGAGGCACCGGCGCCGCGCGGGUCCGGGAGCUGAGUGUCUGGGGCAGCUGCCAAGCACCCUGCACAGGUGGCUCUGCACGGCCCUGCCUGCGGAGUGGGACCAAAAUUGCCCCGGUGGGCCGUGCCGCACCGUGUCGCACUGUGCUGCACCGUGCCAUGCGCGGCUGCACUGCGCUACACCACGCUGUGCUACACUGCUGUGCUGCGCUACACCGUGCCGCGCUACGCUGUGCCAGCACUGGAGCUAUCAAACACACCGCCCAGCCCCAGCGGUGCCCGGUGCCCCGGCGGCAGCUUCUGCACGGUGGGCACUGGCACGUCAGCUCCUGUAGGUGCAGGAUGGUGCAGGAAGGGCCAGAGU